AUGGGUGCGCGCGCGUCCACGUUCGACACCGCCGUCGCGAGCGCGCGAGACGACGCCGACGCGAGCGGUGUCGAUGGUUUCGUGCAGGUAUCGCCGAAGAUGGACCGUAAGGCGGCGCUGGAGGAUGAACCGUUGACGCGCGCGAUGACCGAGGCGCUCGACGCCCUCGACGCCGCCCCCGAGGCGACGCGGUACGCCGACCGAUCGGAGAUCCGAGACCUCCUCGAUCGCGUCCGCGCGCGAGACGCCGCGCGCGCGCUCGAGGACGCGCACGUCGACGGGCACGGCUUCAGAUGA